AUGAAUCGACUAAAAGCAGCUGGUCAAAGACAUUUUACAUUUGCAAGGCUCACAGGGACAGUACUAGACUCAGCACCAGGCGUCGUGUUGUUGAAAACCGAUACAUUGAAGUUUUGCGAUGAAAUUUACGAAAAUUUCCGCCUCGUCGGAAAUCGUGGGGAGGCAUCAAAUUUUCAGCUUGAAGAGAUCCACCAUGUCAAUUAUUUCUCCAAAGAACCACCACCUCCAGAAGGGUUCAGAAUCACAGUUACUGGCUUCGCUCAUGCAGUGCGUUUUUACGAUCGAAAAGUCGUCGAAACUUGCUAUGGAACAGAUGAAGACAUUAAAGUGGAGCACUCAAUGAAGAGACAUGAAAUUAAUGCUCAAACGAUGAUCCCUGCUCUUCCAGGUGCUGCUGACGAGAAUCACGUGCUCGUGCACAAGCUUCUUCACAGCGUCUACUUCAAUAAAGACUCUGAACUGGCCUCCGCUGGGUUAGCUAAAGUCAGCUCAAGAAAAAUGGGCACGCAAGUGUUUUUCACCGACUUUAUUUCCAAGAAAAAUCCUGAUGAAUUUCCAUAUUCCAAAGAAGCAUAUUCCCAGUACUUCGACACGACGAAAAAUCUAACGAAAUUUGUCCGGGACAUCUACGGAAGAGAUCGAAUAAAAGUCCAAACAAUCACGAAUCAGCCGACUUUGAACAACUUGGAGAAAGCUAGGCUAAGAUUUGUCGCUACUGGAGCAAUUGCGCAGCUGAGGACGAAGCCGGAUUAUGAUGAUUUGUACGAUCCGAUUCAUCAGAAUAGAAUCUUUGGCUUCAGUUUUCAUACGCUCGACCGAUCGAAAAAGCUAGAAUUGUAA